AAAAUGCGUAGAAUCUCAAAAAGUCGUAAUAUUUGAAUAAAUACCAUAUGUGAUUUGAUUUUAAAUUAUUGGGAAACAUUAAAACAUCUAAUAAAGGAGUUAAAUGUUACAAGUGAAGUUUCGGGGAAAAAGCUUUGAAAACACUCUUCGUCCUCAUGCACCGAUUACAUUUGUCUACUUAACAUCGCUGUCCAGUUACCUCUCUAGUCCACUCUUCUUCUUCUCUUUUCUCCGGUCCAACUUCACAAGUCUCGCUCUUAACCAACUCAGAUUGUCGAUUGAUUAGCCCUUUCUCUCUGUACAUCUCCGGCGGCUAAAACCUUCCUCCGACCUACUCAGAUUUCUUCACUUCCGGUGGAGGAGACAUGUCAAUGAUUGCAAGCUCUUCCCACAGUGAUCUAGAUUCAAGAAGCUUGCAAGUCCUUCUCGAUGCUUUUGGUUCUCGUUUCUCUCUCGAUGACAUCGCUGCUGCUUACUGCCAAGCUAGCCAGAAUGUCCAUGAAGCUGGUGAGAUUCUCUUUGCCAUGACGACGAAAGAGACGCCUCAAAGUGACCAACUCAAAACGAACGGAGCAACCUCAAAGCCAACUCAUGCCUAUGUUCCCAAGAAAGUUCAACCACGAGAGGAUAGCAAAGCACAAGUAUGGAGACCGAAGAAAAGUUCUGUCUCAGUUGGUACUGUUUCAGGUGUUAUUGGAAAGGAGUAUGCUAGAAGAGUCACGCCUGAAUCAAAUGCUCGCCAAGAAGCAGUUAAACCAAUGAAGAUAGACGCAAGGGAUAUUCCUGAAACUGAGAUAUGGAGUGAAGAAGAAAGGCCAAGAAGCAACGAGGCAAAUGUAAGCAGAGCACCAACUGAUGUUGAGGAAUUUAUUGUUAAGAUGCUCGGAGAAGGCUUUCAAGCUAGUCCAGAGGUUAUUCAACAGAUUCUUGGCGUAUGCGGAUAUGAUGUGAUGAAGAGUACGGAGAAGCUGCUUGACUUGUCUGAUACCAAGAAGCAUGCUGAUGUUGGAAUUUCUAAUGAAGUUACGUCAAAAGUUGGUCCCCAAAGACAUGAAUCCAUGCCCUGUAACCAAGAUUUUUCUCAGACUGGUGAAGCAAGAACCUUAACAGGUUUACAAGACGGAGGCAAGAACAAGAAUGGUCUUGAAAAGGAAGUCUUAGAAGCUUUGUUCUCUGGUGCAGAAAGAUAUGAGGAAGUACCAAAAAUAACUAGACGAAUUGCAGUAAGGAGAGCAAGAGUUGCUGGUCGUCCUGUUUUUGAACCUCUGGAAGACCCUUUUCAAGAGAGGGUAGUUACUGUGAUACAAUCAACAGAUACAUCUAAAGAAGAUGAGGAUGAUGAAAAUGAAUAUAAGGCACAUCGUCAAGCUGUGCACGAGAAUUUGCAGGAGAUGAAAGAAUACUACAGAGCUGCUGUAGAAGCAUUCUCCAAAGGAGAAACCGAGCGAGCACACAGACUCGUGGAGAAGGGACACUUUUUCGGACAAAAAGCUCGAGAGGCAGAUGACAAAUCCAUGGCAAAGAUGCUUGAACUCAAGGAAGACGAUGGUUCUACUUACAAGGAAGACGAGGUCGUGAUAGUAAAUGUGAAUGAACAUGAACCUAGGGAAGCUCUUCGUCUUCUCAAGCUCCAACUUAGGAACUUCUCUGGCAUUCCAUCUAUCAAGUACCUUAGAGUUAAAUUGGGUGACAACAAGGAAGAUUCCAAAUGCAAACGAAGGCUUACGGCAAUUGCCAAGUUGUUGGCGGGAGAAUCCAUUGCCUGGUCUGAAGAAGAUAAUGGCCUCGUGAUGAUGAUUCGUGUUGAUGAGAUUAUCCCUGAGAAGUUAAGUUUUGCCAAGAGAUAGAACACCAUUGGUUGUAAUUCCUUUUGCUUCACAUUCCAUACAAAUUUGAGUGUACUGUUUCAAACACUCUAUUCUUUAUGUAACCAAACAAAAGAAGCAUUUUGGCAGAAAUAUAAUAUUUUGGUUUCAGAAUAAAAGAUUCCUCAAGCCAUCUGACAUUACAAUAUGCUUAUAAUGUUUUGAGAGAUACAAGAUUCCCUUCUUUAAAACCAAUAUAAACCGGCAACCCCCAAUGAAACAAAACUUAUACAGUAUGAUCUCUAUCAGUGGGUGAGUCUCUGAACCUCUUCCUCAUUGUUAUCUAAAGUUUCAAGUAGAAGUGACGGCGCAUGCUGAGCAUUCCCUUGAUUCUCCUCUGAGUCUUGACAGAAGGAGAGUAUGAUUGUGUCUAUCGACAUCUCAACCACCGCAAAGAAAAGUGUAGCCACAACAUACCCCAGAG